AUCUAAAGGAGCAAUAUAAUGGAAAAGGUUCAAUAUUUAAGUUGAUGAUAGUUCCUGUCAAUUUUAGCCAACUCGACUGGCUGUGCAGUAAGUUUUCUAUGGGAUUUUUGGUCUGGUGAUUUUGCAGUCCAGUCAAAGUGUCCCAGAGUUCCAUCAUGCUUUUCAAACUGGUCACACACUGAUUUGGUUUUAUGCACCCUACAAUUGUCACCUUGGCUCAUGGGAGUGUCUGUGUUGUGUUUUGCUUGUGCAUGAAGCACAUAAGGCAACCACAGCAUCUGGCCAACAACUUAUCAUUUGCUUUCAUGCCAAUUUACUGUCUUCCAUUUGCAAGGCCCAUUGAUGUACAAAAACACACUGCUGUUGUUGUAUGCAGCAAAAUUCUUCAUAUAGGGACCUCAUAUUUUCCUGAGUUCUUCAGUGGAAAAACUACCCAGAAACUGAGUGUCAUGAUAUUUAUUGAUUAAUAAAUCACCUAUUAAACACAUUCCAGCCUUUUCUAUCUUCCUCCACCCAAAGCACCUGGUUAUUACACUAAACUCAAAUCUUGAGCAUUUUGCUGCUUGAACAUGGAUACGCACAGAUAUAAUUGCUCAUCAGCUGUACAACCCUUCAUUUCUUGAAUAAAUUGUGUCUAUGCAGUGAAAUCAUCUUACUUCACGACAUCAUAUCCAGUAGAGGGUAGCAUUGACCACGUUACAGCACCAAACAUUACAAGAAAACUGUUUUUUAGGCUCCGUUUUGAAAGCCAUCAAACUAUUUCUCAAAUAUUAACCUUGAUUUCAAAUUGUUUUCCAGUUAAUGGAUUUUCUAGCAUGCUUGUUUUGCAAGGCCUCACAAAAUGAAUUAUUGUGCAUUGAGUAUUUUACUUUGACAUGCCACUUUAUUAGGUAUACCUAUAUUGUAUCUACACUCAUUGGCCAUAGCAGGGGAACCUACCAUAUAGGUGCAAUUUGUAUGUAUACGAGUACUCUAUCGCAAUGCACAAUUUGUCAGCCCCCCUCUGACUUGUCCCAAUGGAAAUGGACCACCACUGUCUAGAUAUUAUUUGGCCAGAAUUUGAUCAAUAAACCUAAUAUUUAAAUAGUCAGAUAUAGAGUGAGGUGGUUCGUUGAAAGUUAAAGGGGUCCCUGGCUGUUAAAAGUUGCUUUACUAGGCACACCUACAUUAUUGGUCCACUUUGUAGAUGUAUAGUAUAAUUGGAGAGAUAUAGAGUUUUCCAUGUACAGUUUGUCCUCAGGUCAGUUUCUGACUAGAGGCUGCCAGCAGUAACAGCAAGCUGUUUAAAAUCCUCAGUAAUCUCUGGUCACUGCGGUGGUCCUGUAGUGAUCGAAGCUAUUACUCUCAAACUAUUUCUGUCUCUGUCUAUCAGUUUCUGUCUCUGUGUUCCCUCCAAAUACAAGCAUGGCAAACUUCUUGUCUAUUCUUUUGUGUAAUUGUAUGCUUUGAUUGGGCAAUGUUUGCUUAAUCUGUCUAUUUUUAGACUUUUUUUUUUGUAUCAGCUAAAAUGCACAAUAAAUCUAGGGAGUGUUUCAUUCAGCUGUCAUUGAUAUGCAUUGUGUCUCUCUACAGUCUGGGUCAGAAAGAAUUCAGCCCCAGACUUGAUUCUUCAUACCAUAAUGUGCUUUUCUUACAGCAGUUGGUGGUGCUGUUGUGCUUGGUUCCACACAAAAAAAUUACAUCCUUAAGGACAUUUGUUAACCCUAAUGUUAUGUGGAUGCCAAAAAUGAAACUUAUUAUCGAUGUCAUUUUGUCUUGUGUUAUUUAUUCCAGCUUCCCCUGGCAGUCAGUAAUAGUAGCUCUACUUGCUUAUAGAGUGCUCUAUAAUGUAGUAUAAUGUACCUAACAAACUCGUAACUCACUGUAUCUCCCAAGACUAUCAUUGUUUUCAUGCUUUCCUUUUAUGUUUUGGGUUUUUGUUGUUGUUGUUGUUGUUGUUGUUUUAAUAAAUCACACCACUUUUAAUUUUAAUCUCUUGUUAUGAAGGGACUGUUAUGAUGGGGUUAAGUUAUGGUGUUGACCGCGUCACGCCGGUUCAGCAUUUAUUUAUUUAUUUAUUUACUUACUUAUUUAUUUAUUUGUAAGUGACGUCACGAUAGUAGCUCUCCUCGUAGCGGCGGUGCUGAACAAGAUGGCUGUGCGGCGGGUCACGAGAGGCUGACAAAACGACAAAUUCACUGUUUUUUUCCCCCCCAGCAGAGCAGUCAGGACUAAAUUAGGGACCACACUCCAGACAGUCGACGUUAACAUCUGAGCUACUUCCUCGUGUUGUAUUUGUUUCGUGAGCUCGUAUUUCUUUCCAAACCGAGGCGGCCACUCAACCUCAGCGUCUCCAGUCUCUGAUUCUAACAGUCCUGUCCGCCUUCAGAAUCUUUCUCCAGCUGUAAAGCUGUAAAACAGACAACAUAGAUUAUAACCCGCUGAAAGAGAUGUCACUGCUGUGUGUUGGAGUGAAAAAAGCGAAGCUAGAUGGACCACAAGAGAAAUUCAACACCUAUGUGACACUUAAGGUGCAGAACGUGAAGAGCACCACCAUUGCUGUGCGAGGCAGUCAGCCAUGUUGGGAACAGGACUUCAUGUUUGAGAUUAACAGGCUGGAUCUGGGCCUGACUGUGGAAGUCUGGAACAAAGGCUUGAUCUGGGACACCAUGGUGGGCACACUGUGGAUCCCUUUAAGCAGCAUUCGCCAGUCCAACGAGGAAGGGCCAGGGCAGUGGAUGACUUUAGACUCCCAGGUCAUCAUGGCAGAAAAUGAGAUCUGUGGCACCAAAGAUCCAACUUUCCACCGUGUGCUUCUGGAUACACGCUUUGAGUUGCCUUUAGACAUUCCAGAGGAAGAGGCUCGCUACUGGGCCAAAAAACUGGAGCAGAUAAAUGCCAUGAGGGACCAAGAUUAUUCAUAUCAGGAGGAGCAUGAGAGACCACUUCCUGUGCCAUCAACGCAGUGCUGUAAUUGGAGUCUAUGGGGAGACCAACCAAAUGACGAUCCAGACAGCGCAGUGGACGAUAGAGACAGUGAUUACCGCAGUGAGACGAGCAACAGCAUCCCACCACCUUAUUAUACCACAUCCCAGCCCAACGCUUCCAUGCACCAGUACCCCAUUCGCCAUAUGCACCGCGACUCCCGCUACGAUGACAUGCAAGACUAUGACUAUGAUAACCAGAGAACUAUGAGUCCCACGGGGUCCAGUCGAUACGCUUCAUCAGGCGAGCUGAGCCAUGGUAGCUCGCAGCUCAGUGAGGAUGGCGAGAGCUUCCGUGGCUCCGGAGAGUUCUACGAUGAGAACGACUCCUACCACUCAUGCCACUCCUCAGUCAGCUAUGGUAAAGAGUCGCCUGGAUGGGACCAUGAUGAGCCCCAAGGAGUCUACAGUGAUGAAGGUAGCUUUGUCAAAGAUGGUGGAGAGGAAGGUGCUCUGUAUGAGGAUGAAGAUGGUGACUUGUAUGAGCAGGAGGAAGGGGAUUACCCCUACGAGGAGGAAGAGGGAAUGGGCUUUGAGGAGGAUGAGGAGUUAUAUCCUCUGGACGGUAGACUUAGUGAGGAGCAGGAGCCCCCAUAUAUGCCCACCUCAACAAGUGCGGCUCCCCCGUUAGCUCGGGAGACCUCCAGCUUCAGUCGGCCACCUCUGGAGAAGCAAACAUCACUGCACCAGCAUCAGCCCCCACAGGCUGAAGCUCAGUUCCGGCCCACAGAUUCCUUCACAGAGACUGUGCCAAAGCAGCAGAGCUUUGACGACUUCAGCAAACCUGCCAGCAAAUCCACCGCACCUGCCUCUGAUCUGGAGCCCCUUGGUCCCGUAGCACCUGCACUCACACCUGCAGGAAAACCUGUUGGAACCACAGAGGAACCUAAGAAGCUCCAGUCUCCAGUCUCUGAGCACCUGUCUAAAGUCCUGCCCGAGAAAAUGGAAGCACCUCCAGAAAGUGUGACAAAGCGAGAUGAGGCAGUGGAUCCUGCUGAACGUGCCAAGGCCAACUGGCUGCGACUCUUCAACAGGGUUCGGCUUCAGCUGCAGGAGGCACGAGGCGAGACUCCUGGUCUGGCAUCACUGUUUCUACAAGCAGGGCCUGGAGGAGCUCUGUACACCAUAGACAGCAUGCCAGACUUGCGCAAACGCAAGGCCAUUCCCCUGGUUCGAGAUUUGUCCCUUGUCCAGAACUCUCGCAAGGCUGGAAUCACCUCUGCUAUGGCCUCCAGCACACUCAAUAACGAGGAGCUGAAGAGUCAUGUGUAUAAGAAGACCCUCCAGGCUUUGAUCUACCCCAUUUCCUGCACUACUCCCCAUAACUUUGAGGUGUGGACGGCCACUACGCCAACUUACUGCUACGAGUGUGAAGGGCUGUUGUGGGGUAUUGCUCGACAGGGUAUGCGCUGUACUGAGUGCGGUGUCAAAUGUCAUGAGAAGUGCCAGGACCUGCUCAACGCUGACUGUUUACAGAGAGCUGCAGAGAAGAGCUCUAAGCACGGUGCAGAGGAUCGGACUCAGAACAUUAUCAUGGUUCUUAAGGAUCGCAUGAAAAUCCGAGAGAGAAACAAGCCAGAGAUCUUUGAACUCAUCCAGGAUGUGUUUGGAGUCCCCAAAACCACUCACGUCACCCAGAUGAAGCAGGUCAAGCAAAGUGUCUUGGAUGGAACAUCCAAGUGGUCAGCCAAGAUCAGCAUCACAGUUCUGUGUGCCCAGGGCCUGCAGGCCAAGGAUAAAACUGGCUCCAGUGAUCCCUAUGUAACAGUGCAAGUGGGCAAAACCAAGAAAAGAACCAAGACCAUCUACGGUAACCUCAAUCCUGUCUGGGAUGAGUCUUUCAAUUUUGAGUGCCACAACUCUUCAGAUCGGAUAAAGGUGCGAGUGUGGGACGAGGAUGAUGACAUCAAAUCACGUGUCAAGCAGAAGUUCAAGCGAGAGUCAGAUGACUUCCUGGGGCAGACAAUCAUCGAGGUGCGGACACUGAGUGGAGAAAUGGAUGUGUGGUACAACCUCGACAAGCGUACGGACAAGUCUGCUGUGUCAGGAGCCAUCCGAAUGCACAUCAGUGUGGAGAUCAAGGGAGAGGAAACAGUGGCCCCUUAUCAUGUCCAGUACACCUGCCUACAUGAGAAUCUCUUCCACUAUGUGACGGAUCUUCAGAACAACGGGGUGGUGAAGAUCCCAGAUGCUAAAGGUGACGAUGCCUGGAAGGUCUACUUCGAAGAGACACCUCAGGAGAUUGUGGAUGAGUUUGCUAUGCGUUAUGGAGUGGAAUCUAUAUACCAAGCCAUGACACACUUUGCCUGUCUAUCAUCUAAGUAUAUGUGCCCGGGAGUGCCAGCAGUGAUGAGCACUCUGCUGGCUAACAUCAAUGCGUAUUACGCCCACACCACUCAGGCUACCAAUAAUGUCUCUGCUUCCGACCGUUUCGCUGCGUCCAACUUUGGGAAAGAGCGAUUUGUAAAACUCCUGGACCAACUACACAACUCUUUGAGGAUUGACCUCUCCAUGUAUAGGAAUAAUUUCCCAGCCAGCAGUCCUGAGAGGCUGCAGGAUCUCAAAUCCACUGUGGACUUACUCACCAGUAUCACUUUCUUCAGAAUGAAGGUCCAAGAGCUACAAAGUCCUCCUCGUGCCAGUCAGGUUGUGAAGGACUGUGUGAAGGCCUGCCUGAACUCCACAUAUGAAUACAUUUUCAACAACUGCCAUGAGCUGUACAGCCGCGAGUACCAGACUGACCCGUCAAAGAAAGGUGAGGUUCCUCCCGAAGAACAGGGUCCAAGCAUCAAGAACCUUGACUUCUGGUCCAAACUGAUCACCCUAAUCGUGUCUAUCAUUGAGGAAGACAAGAACUCCUACACUCCCUGCCUUAACCAGUUUCCACAGGAACUGAAUGUAGGGAAGAUCAGCGCAGAGGUCAUGUGGAAUCUGUUCGCCCAGGAUAUGAAGUAUGCCAUGGAGGAGCAUGAAAAGAACCGGCUCUGUAAGAGUGCUGAUUACAUGAAUCUGCACUUCAAAGUGAAAUGGCUUUACAACGAGUACUGCAAAGACCUGCCUUUCUUCAAGAGCAGAGUACCAGAGUACCCAGCGUGGUUCGAACCUUUUGUAAUCCAGUGGCUGGAUGAGAAUGAGGAGGUUUCUCGAGACUUUCUGCAUGGAGCUCUAGAAAGGGACAAAAAAGAUGGAUACCAGCAGACAUCAGAACACGCUCUUUUUUCCUGCUCAGUGGUGGAUGUCUUUUCCCAGCUCAACCAGAGCUUUGAAAUUAUCAAAAAGCUGGAGUGCCCUGACCCACAGAUUGUGGGUCACUACAUGAAGCGUUUUGCUAAGACAAUAAGCAAUGUUCUGCUCUCCUAUGCCAGCAUCAUUUCCAGAGACUUCCCUAACCACUGCACCAAGGAGAAAGUGAAUGCAAAAGAUAGCGCUAUAAAGCCCUGUAUUCUGAUUAACAACAUUCAGCAACUCCGGGUACAACUGGAGAAGAUGUUUGAGGCCAUGGGGGGCAAGGAUCUGAAUGUUGAGGCUAGCGACAUCCUAAAGGAGCUGCAGAUAAAGCUCAACAAUGUUCUGGAUGACCUGGCCAGGAUCUUUGCCACCAGUUUCCAGCCCAACAUUGAGGAGAAUGUGAAGCAGAUGGGAGACAUUCUGAGCCAAGUGAAAGGCACAGGCAAUGUGCCAGCUAGCGCCUGCAGCAGCGUGGCUCAGGAUGCAGACAAUGUACUGCAGCCCAUCAUGGACUUCCUGGACAGCAACUUGUCACUGUUUGCUAAGAUAUGUGAGAAGACAGUUCUGAAGCGGGUGCUAAAGGAGCUCUGGAAACUUGUUAUGAACACCAUGGAGAAGACCAUCGUUCUCCCUCCUCUAACUGAUCAAACGGGCAGGGUGAAGCUUGCUUGUCACAGUGAUGGUACACAGCUCAUUUUCAAUGCUGCUAAGGAGCUUGGCCAGCUUUCCAAGCUGAAGGAGCACAUGGUGCGUGAGGAGGCCAAGGCCUUAUCACCAAAGCAGUGUGCAGUUAUUGAGUUGGCCCUGGAUACCAUCAAGCAAUAUUUCCAUGCUGGAGGAGUGGGCCUAAAGAAGACCUUUCUGGAGAAGAGUCCUGACCUGCAGUCUCUCCAUUAUGCCCUGUCUCUCUAUACACAAGCCACAGACAAGCUCAUCAAAACCUUUGUCCAGUCACAGAAUGCACAGGGCUCUGGGGUGGAUGAUGCUGUGGGAGAGGUGUCCAUCCACGUUGAGAUCUUCACUCAUCCCAACACAGGCGAACACAAGGUCACAGUAAAAGUGGUUGCAGCAAACGACCUGAGGUGGCAGACGUCUGGAAUAUUCCGACCUUUCGUGGAGGUCUACAUCAUCGGACCCCACCUGAGUGACAAGAAGAGGAAGUACGCCACUAAAUCAAAGAACAACAGCUGGGCUCCCAAAUACAAUGAAACAUUCACAUUCACGCUGAGUAACGAGGUGGGGCCGGAGUGUUAUGAGCUGCAGGUGUGUGUGAAGGACUACUGCUUUGCACGGGAGGAUCGCACUGUGGGCAUGGCUGUGCUGCAGCUGAAGGAUGUGGCACCAAGGGGUAGCGUGGCCUGCUGGCUCCCGCUCGCCAAACGCAUCCACAUGGAUGAGACGGGACUGACUGUGUUGCGCAUUCUCUCGCAGCGCAACAAUGACGAUGUGGCCAAGGAAUUUGUCAAGCUUAAGUCUGACCAGCGCUCAGCCGAGGAGGGCCGAGCGAGCUAAAGGUAUUAAUGAAGGAAUUGCGUAUUUGCAAAAUAACUGCCCACCACGUUUUUCUGUUGAGUGUUGCACUAAAACAGACCGCUAACACACACACCUGCCAUAACCUGCUAUGAGGCUUGUCUGACAAGCACGAGGCAGCACAUGAAAAGAUACAGGUACAAAACCUUGUACCUCUAUAAUACUUGAUGUUUGUGGUGUGCUUGAUUUUCAAAAGUACAUAUUAUAUGACACAACCUCAUGGUUGAAAGAUAUUUAAAGAACAACAUAGUUAUCUAGCUAAUCAUACAUAAAUAUAUAUAUAUAUAUAUAUUAAAAAAUUGAAAAUAUUCUUUCAGUAAUAUAUAAAAGAGAUAAUAUUGUCUGCCAUCAUAUUGAAAGAUGUCUGAGUGGAUCCUUUUUUUGGAAAAGGUACAGAGAAGAAAUAUUCCUGAGUGAAAGCAGAGUUGCUAUAUUUAGUGCCAUUGAUGCCUCCCAGAGCCCUAAUACCGCAACUCCCUUAUUUAAUAUAUAUGAUAUUGAUGUCUGAGACUCUUGUCUGUAACUGCCUUGUUCAUUUUUCAAUCAUUCCUGCACCUCCACAUGGGUGUCUCAGUGUCAGGGUAUUUCUCUUUUGUUCUCAGUGAGAUGUCCUUCUCCACUACGUCUGAAAGGCACACUUAUAUAUUUUAAUGGGGCCAAUGUUUUUGUAAAUUAUGCAAACUUAUAAAUCAAGCACAAGAACAUUACUAUAAAGUGAAACCAUAGCUUGCAGUGCAAGUAUAUUGGACCAAAUACAUCUCACACGCAAAGGACCAACAUUUCUUUGACAAUUCUUUAAAUCCCACUGGGAAUGAUAUGAAUUUGGAGAAAGCAAUGACUCAGCGGCUCACAUUAAUUUAAGCAUUUGUUCAAUGUGUUGUAUGGGUGUAUUUGAGUUGUUAUUGAGGUUUAGCUAUGUUGUAUAUGUUUGAUCUACAGUGGUAAUGUUGGCGAACAGUAAAUGAAGGCUAUGGGAGCUAAAGUUAAAAAGGUUUUUGCAUAAUGCUACAACUACUGCUACUAUAAGCCAAUAAUCCUUUGAUUUACUGUUAGCAGUGGUGGCAUGUUUGGGUGAAGUAUUCCUUAAACACACUGCCAUUCCUCCCUUAUGUCCAGUUUUUGGGGUUUUAUAUCAGUUUCUUUGUGUGUGAGCAUGUGUGCCUUGCAUGUGUGGCGUACAAAGUGAGUGCAUGACUGAGACUUGAUAAAUAAGAAAGCACAGUGGGGUGUGGGUCAGGUGCACAUGUAGUAAACAUCAGAUUUUAAAAGGACCUUAAAUGACUUUUAUAAAGUAGCAUCUGUUUUACAUAAUCUCCUUCAUAGCAAAAUAAAGUAUCUUCAGUUCAGAAUAAUUCCAGUGCUGUUGCCAUAGCAACCCCCCAUUGUCUUGCCACCCAUCGAAGUGCUAGGAAAGCACAAAGUGAAUGUAGACUCUGUGCUUGUUUAACCUGAUAAAUACAUGCUUGCAUUGAUCAUACCCCUUUUCUAGCCAUUGAGCAGUCAGUGCUGUGAAUGUAGCUAUUCCACCCUCUAGUGUUCUGCAGUGCUUCACAGAACACAGUGGAGGUCAGAGAUAAAGACUGGUUAAAGCUUUGGACAAGUGUGCGGUCUAUCUUCAGGAGGGACGAGACCUGUUGAGUGGUGAUAGAGGUUCACAUUUGGCCAACCAACAUGAAAUAUCUCACUUAUUUGCGUUCACUAGAUAUUCGGCACAAGCAACAUUAGCGAUGUCUGAAAUGGUGUAGUUUUAUUGCGAAUGUGUUCACAGUGUGAAAUUCACCACAUGAAAUGUACUAUUAAUACCCAGAUCAUUUAGUAAAACCAACACACACACACACACAAAUUAGUAAUAAGUUUUCACUGUUUUUCAACUUUUUGCACUAAGUGUUCACAGCCUGUUGGAUGUAAAGGAGGGAGGAACCAGAACAUGCUGAUUUAUAUUUUGUGAAAGGCUGAUACACAGAGUGAGAACACUGCUUUAAACCAAACAUUGUGGGGUUUUUGCUCCUCUGGAACAGUUCAGUGACCUGAAUAACUGCACAAUAAUUUUAAAUUUGUGUUUCCCUAAAAAAUAAGUACUACAUAGGGAGCAUAAUAUAUAACAUAUAGUGUAUAGUGCAGUGCCUCUGGGUAUUAACAUCUACUUGAUUGUUGAUAGACCUAUAAACCCAAAACAGAUAGCCAAGCAGACAUGUUAAACAAAUAUUUAACAACUGUGUUGAAAUCUGACCACAAAUUCAUAAUAACACAAAAGGCAAAGGAUUAACAACACAAACCUUUUGUAUGAUUUUCUAUGGUAGCUGUGGUUGUCAGACCAAAGGAUAAUACAUGCCCCACUACUUUCUGCACUCAACAUAAUGACUUCUACCCCCUACAGCCUAUUUAAUUCACUGUAUGUGCAAUAGGAAGCCAUUCAGGAGGUUUGCUAGCUGUAGAGCUUGCUGGUCCCUGUGAACUUUAGCUAUUUUGGUUUUACAAUGUUAUUUCUAUCACAGUUUACAAAUGUUUAUCAUGAUAGGACUCUAAGCUAAGGCUAAUGAUGUAUUAGCUAAUGCAUUAGGAAGCAUGCUGGCUUUAGAUAGACUAUGUUAUUAAAUACAGAGUGUGUAGCUCCUCUGCAGGUAAACCACAAUAAAUCAUGCAUUGUAUCAUCAUCAUAUCUAUCAUUGACAAGUUAAGAGUUGUGAAGUCUGAUCUGAAGUUUUGAACUGUCACAAAGUCAUCAGUAUGCUAAAUCUGUGCUUGCAUCAGUGUAAGAAUAUGAUAAAUCUGUCUGAUUCCUUGUUGUGGCUUUAAUAAUUGAUUGGGAUUUCCCAUAAUACAGCUGUGGGUUGUUUUGACCAAUGCACUCAGUCACCUCAGUUUAUGUCACCUCAGUUUAUAAUGUUUCUGGAGGAACCUUCUAGAAAGCAUUGCCAAUCAGAGAAAUAGCCAAUUUAGGGAUUUUUAGUAAUUUUAUAAAUUAGUUAUUUUAAACCCAUUCCCCAAUUUGACCUUUACAACUAACGGUUUCCAAGUGUCAAAUCGUGUCAAAUCAACACUGGACAUAGUCUAUGCAUCAAAGUUUUAGUUAACAAUUUUUUUUAUUGUUUUACAUUGUAGAUUAUCUACACAAACCAUCCAUGAUGAUGUCACUGCUCUUUUAUCCUAAUUAGGUUAAAGUAUGUAUACAAUCAUUUACAGCCACAAUUUUAUUCCUGAAUGUUUUAAAUCAAGACUUUAAGGCUUCAAUCAAGACCAGUGAAUGCUACACAGAUGUUAUGAGAGGCUCUGAAGCUGUGUGUGAGAUGCCAAAAUGACUGUCAAUAAGAACUGAGUAGGAACAUAAACGAGUGAGAGCAUG